AUGGUGAAAAUAUUCAUCGGGAACUUGGCACCACACACAACAACAAGUGACCUUCGCUUGCUCUUCUCCCAGUAUGGCAAGAUUGCAGAAUGUGACAUUGUCAGGAAUUUUGGCUUUGUACACAUGGAUGACAAAGCUGAGGCGGAGGAAGCCAUACGCAACCUCCACCACUAUGAGCUGAAUGGCCAGCCCAUGAAUAUAGAACUAAGCUAUGGUAAAUCCAGAGCUUCGACCAAGCUGUAUGUUGGCAACAUUGCCUGCACCAACCAAGAGCUGCGAGUCAGAUUUGAGGAGUUCGGCACUGUGUUGAAGUGUGACAUAGUGAGGGACUAUGCCUUUGUUCACAUGGAGAGAGUGGAAGAUGCCAUGCAGGCCAUCAGUAAGCUGGACAACACGACCUUCAAAGGCAAACAGAUGAGCGUGAAGCUUUCGACUAGCCGCCUGCAUACAGCGCCGCGAAUGGGACAGAGAUCAGGUUAUCGUCGCGGGCAGGAAGGCCACUGGUCCGAAGAGUGCCCCCUAGACCAAAAUGGCUACCACAGAAACGGCUCAGAGCCAAAGUCUGGUGGAUACAGUACCUUGAGAUUUGGCGGGCAUGAUCACGGCUGGGUUUAUCAACAGGGCUUCAGUGGCAAUCCAGAUUAUGGUGGCAGCUAUCCUCCUGUACAUGCUUUUUCCUGGGGUUCCGGUCACAGCAAUGUGGCAGGGUACGGCAGUGGUACAGGCUUCGAGAAUGCUAUGAGUUACGGUGCUCCCCCAGGUUACGGCAUAAGCACUUCUGCUAAACAUAGCAUGGCUGAAAUGUAUGGCUGUGAGGCUGCAUACGGGAGCAGCAGCUCGCUCUAUGGUGCAGUACCAGCCUACCCGGUACAACAGUCGUCUUUUGAGAACAGGGAUCCUUACGGGGCUGUGAACCUCUACAGGGCUAAUCCAUAUGGAGGCAGUUAUUUUGAGGGAUGCCACUCUGUCUCGUUGCCAGCUCGAUCAUCUUCCUCAUCCGCUGUAAUGCGGGAAUGUCUGCCACCCUCUAGCCUUGACUCUAAUGAGCACCCUCCUCCACCAGAACUUAUGUCCUCAUACUACACACAUGAGCGGAGUCCGAUCCGGAGAGUCCAGCCUGAGGCAAAUGGAUAUCGGUUUGAGGAUUUGUGCCUCUUUCCAACAUCCUCUCUCCCGAAAAGUUCAGCUUAUGACCUUCCGCCGGGACCCCUUUUCUGA